AUGACCGAUACCGAAGAGGCGCCAUGCCUGCUCAACCCAGAUGCGCCUCAAUGGAACGAAAGACUUCUCAAUGAGAUGCAUGCUGCCCUGGACAAGAACCCGGCCACAGAUCUGCUAUCGAUGUUCACGGGCCAGUAUCGACGCGAACACCGCAAGUCGGCGAAUCUGUCCGAAGCUGGCAAGAUCAACAUGAAGGUCCUGGAUCACCUUCUUGACGACUUCCAGGACGAUCCGGAGAUUGACUUGUUGUCUGCGAUCCCGAGUGAUUACAGCAGGCGACUCGCCUUUGCGGUCGGGCCUCAAGUCGCACCUAGUGAAAAAGACGACAACUCUGGAGUCAUGGACCUCGAACCUGACUUUCGCGAGGAACUGGACCAUGCCGAUACCUCUCAUGUAGUGUUCCCACUGUCCGAGCGGGUGCGAAGCCUGCUGUCAAUUUGCGCCAAUAGCGCCGACACACCAACGGGAGACGAGUCGCUCACGACCGCUGUGAUAGAUCUUGUUUGGAAAUCCCCAAAGCUAUGGGAAAGCACUGUGAGAGGAGUAGUGGUAAAAUGCAGCGAUGAAAUCGCGGCUAAGGUUGUCGCGGGAAACAGCGACAGCCACUGGACAGAGUACACAACUUUGGAGUAUCUCGCCGAGAAAGCACCAAGUAUUCCUGCCCCGAAGCCACACGGCUGCAUAUCAAUGGGGCCAUACCGCGUAAUAUUCAUGUCGUACGUUCCGGGAGUGACCUUGGGAAAGGUCUGGCUUGAUCUUUCUCCUCUCCAAAAGUCAUCCAUACAGCAGCAGCUGGAUGACAUUUUUGCUCGCCUAGGAACCCUUCGCAUGGAACCUGGGCGUAUGCUUGGCGGUGUCCUUGAAGAAGGCGCAAAGGAGUCGUUGUUCGCAGGAUGCACGGUACACAAGGGCAUCACCACGACAGCUCAGUAUAGCGACAUGCAGUUCUCUGCCAAGCACCGCGGAAGCAAGACAUACGUCAAGCUCCUUAGGUCAUUCGUGGACCAUGACCAAGGAUCUCUCCAUAGUAGUCCAGUUUUCACUCAUGGUGACUUUCGACCGGACAACAUCAUGGUCGACCUCGGGCCAGAGACCAACAUUGUCUCCGUCACUGGUAUCAUCGACUGGGAGGACAGCGGCUUCUAUCCGGACUACCUUGAAUGCACCGCCGCAACACGAACGUUGAGCGUGAGGGACGAGCAUGAUUGGUCCGAUUGGUUUCUCCACCUACCGAACAGCAUCUCACCCUCACGAUUCCCUGAGCGGUGGCUUGUUGACCGGCUCUGGCAACAUCACCGUAUGCACGUUUAG